AUGACGGACCGUAUCUUCCUUUCCUCAAGGCGAUUGAGUACGGAAAGGUCCGCUGUACGGAAACGUCCGCUGCGGAAAGGUCCGCUAAAAAAAGGAAAAGAAGAGGGUGGGAAAAAAAGGAUUUUUUGUGAAAAUUGUAAAAAAUUGAAAUGUUUUCGCUUCGGGACUGGAAACAAAAGGAUUUUUUGUGAAAAUUGAAUAAAAUUUGAAAUGUUUUCGCUUCGGGGCAUGAAACAAAAGGAUUUUUUGUGAAAUUUGAAUAAAAUUUGAAAUGUUUUCGCUUCGGGACAUGAAACAAAAGGAUUUUUUGUGAAAUUUGAGUAAAAUUUGAAGUGUUUUCGCUUCGGGACUUGGAAAAAAGGAUUUUUUGUGAAAUUUGAAUAAAAUUAGAAAUUUUUUCGAGCUGACUGAGUAUGAACUGACUGAAUAUGAAAACUGGGUUUCUGUUACUUUACUACCUUUAGGGAUUCUUUUUGAAAUUUUUUCGACUUAUAACACUUUUAGACGUUAAUGGUGUUGUUUUGGUGCCUAGUACUGCUUAAAAAACACAUUUUUAACACUUGGUACUAAAUAGUACCAGGUAGUACUAUUUAGUACGAGGUGCAAAUUUGGCCGUAAGGCGGUAAUGGCGUUGGUUUGGUGCCUAGUAGAACCCAAAAACACGUUUUAUCACUUGGUACUAUAUAGUACCAACUGGUACUGUUUAGUGAGAAGUGAAAAUUUGGCCGUAAGGCAGUAAUGAUGAUGGUUUGGUGCUUAGUAGAGCCCAAAAACACGUGGUACUAUAGAGUACCAGGUAGUACUAUAUAGUACCAGGUGGUACCAUUGGUUUUAGACAAAAUUUUAGUGCUGGCGGCACCACAGUUAAUAUUCAGUCAGACACCCUUUUUCUACUCCCGAUGCGAAAAGAUUUCAAAAUUUUGUUGAAUUUUUCAAACAAUUCUUUUUUUUCUCAGUCCCGAAGCGAAAACAUUUCAAAUUUUUUUCAAAUUUCACCAAAAAUUCUUUUUUUGAUGUCCCGAAGCGAAAACAUUUCAAAUUUAUUCAAAUUUCACAAAAAAUCCUUUUUUUCAAGUCUCGAAGCGAAAACAUUUCAAAAAAAAUUUUUUUCGAGACUAGUCACACCUAAAAAUCAAAACACCAAGUACAAUAUAACUUACGCCUAAAUCCAUUACUCAAAAAAAUUUUUUUUAAAAUUACUAGUUAACACUACUGCAUAAGCAAAAUUGUAAAAUUCAAAAAAAAAUGGAUACGAUAUUCGAAAUCUGCGCCUUCGAAAACCUCCCCCUCCCCGCCCUCCUCUUUUUUUUUAGCGGACCUUUCCGCACAGCGGACCUUUCCGCGCAGCGGACCUUUCCGCACAGCGGACCUUUCCGUCCUUCGUGCCUCAAGGCUGUUGAUUUUUUCGGGCUGUGCAGGAAUUUUGCCCCAAUUUUUUCUUUGAUUUCAGCGUGCCCUGUCGAGAGUGUGGUACGCCAAGUACUUUGAACGCAUGUGCGAUUUUUGCUCGGAGGUAUUCGGCAAAAAAGAGGAUCCAGAUUUCAAAAGAGGAUGCGCACAGGACUGCUGGAAUAACCCGUAUAUCCUGGCUUGUUUCAAGCGGUACAACGAACAGUAUCGUAUCGUGACCAAGCUGAACGACAAGUCCAAACCGGAGAACUGUCUGGUAGGUUGCUUUUUCUUUUUUUUUUCUCUUUUUUCUAGGGAAGGGGCUUUUCUUGGUUCCGAAAGGCUUUUUUCCGAGCUGCGCCCAAGGUUUGGGCGGGAAUUCUUUCGUUGCAGCAGAACUCUCCCCUUUUCUGAAUUCUCCCCCAAUCUGAACUCUCCCCUUUUUUCAACUCUCCUCCUUUCGAACUCUCCCCCUUCUUGAACACUCCCCCUCAUUUUUCAAAUUGAAAAAACAAGGUGUGACAUGUUAUACGAUGGAAAUUUUUUUCAAAUUGAGAAAAAUUAGGUGUGACAUCUUAUACGAUGGAAUUUUUUUUUCACGUUGAAAAAAUAAGGUGUGACAUCUUAUACGGCGAAAGCUUUUUUUUGCAAUUUGAAAAAAAAUCUAUCGUAUAAAAUGUCCCUCGUUUUUUUCAAUUUUCAACAUGGGCGAGUGUUCAAAAAGGGGGAGAGUUCGGAUUUUUUUGGUGAAAAUCAAAAAAAGGGGAGAGUUCAGGCUCAACCGAAUUUUUUAUUGUACUUACAAGAGAAUGAAGGGGAAUUCCCCUCGGUGCGAUCCUCUGAUUUUCUUUUAAUUUUUCGCACACGCCAGGCAUUUGCCAGGUAUAAAUUCCUGAAAGUUUUAGCUCGCGCUUUGCACGGAGAGCCGAGAUAUUCAACGAUGUUUGCGGCCGAGAGAGCAUGCGAAAUGUGGAGGACGGUCGGAGAAAAAUUAGUUUUUGGCCAUAAAUUUGCCAGUUUUGUUCGGAAAUUUUUCAUUUUUUGUAGGCAUGUUACACUCCGCCUUAGAAAUAGUCAUGCAACUUUUUGUCCCAAAGUCUGCAAAAAAAAUCGCAUGGUUGCCAACUUUUGACCUAAAAAUCUCGCUUGUUUCUGCAGAGCGCGAGCUAGGAGUCUAGCAUACGUCUUGGAAAAAAUUGUUUUAAAUUUGGGCCGUCUUUUUUACUAAAGGAUUAUUUUAGAUUCAACGUCCCGCCGAGUGGGAACUUCAUGUCGUCAUUGACAGAAUUUGCGCCGUAUGUCAUCAAAUGUUCAGCGAUACGUUGAAGAACCUGCACUUUGAUUGUCGAAAGAAUUGCUACACCAGUCCGGAUUUCUACAAGUGUCUUUCGGUUUUCCACAACGAAGAUUCCGCUAAGAUUCCGUUUCCGAACAAAUAAAUAUUUGAAUAAAUACCCGUCGGCUUUUUUUCUGAAUCAAGGAAAAAUAAAUUCAGUCUCUAAUACUCUCUAAUAUCACAUUAAAUUUCAACUCGGGCGCAAGCCGCGCUUUUAUGUUUUCUGUCCAUCGUAUAAAAUGGACCCGCAGUCUGCAGGUGAGAUUUUGGUGUUCGCGGAUGUCGGAUGUGGAAAACUUACGAUCCAGAUGGUCCGAAAGCUUCUUUGCGACCUAUUUUGGCAAUUUCCUUGUAUUUCAUCGACAAAAAAUUGUCUUUAACUUGCCUUCUUAUUACUUCGUAUAUUGCAACUCGAAAAAUGAUCGAUGUUUUCUCUCCGAGGAUUGAUCCCGAAUCUCGGAGUUUUUUCCUACGCAAGAUGGCGUAUUUGCUCUCAACAUUGCGCAUUGUGGCUCGCUAAAUUCGAGUUGAUUGUUAUUUUUUUCAAAAAUAAUAUUUUCAGACCACUGUGGACGUGAUGAAUUCGUCCGCGGACCUCGUGGACGCCCACGAAGACACUCGCUUUUCGACCCUGGAGGAAGCUUUCGAGUCUUCGAUCUGUUUCCCACCCAACGCCAAUCGUAAAAUUGUCAAUUUCCGGCGAAUUAUCUGGGAAAACUGCCAGUCCAGCCAUGAUUUCCGCGAGAAGAACGAGGCUCACGAAAAGAUGUUUGAAAACAUCUUCAAUGCUAAGGAAAACGAUGUCUUGCAGCUGUACCUCAUGUUUAUGGACUUUGUUAUUUGGAUCAACAAACUGUACGACUCGGAAUUUGUGCAGAAAAAGGACUACAACGACUUCAAUUUGAUGUGCAACACAUGUAUAGACGCCUUUUGCGCGACGGUCGAUAAAUUCGACGAAAAGGAGAUGGAAAAAGCCACAGAGGAGCUUUGUACAAUCCGGCCCUUGGUAAGUUAGGUUUCUUUUGUUUCUUUGUCGCUUUAGAUAUCCAUGCGACAUUGCGCAUCCACCUAUACCUAAAUCAAUGUAUGGAAAAAUCUUGACGUGAAAAUUAUAAAAACGUUUGUGAUGAGCUUUUUUACCCUGCUCUUCUUGUUUCUCAACCAUUUUUGUAUUAUCUCCCGUUCUUUUUUGUUUCAAAAUCGAUCAGUUCAUUCUUCUGGGGCCUAAAAUAAUAUAACUUGGAGGGUUUGAUCUAUGAACCUUCAAUUUUUUUCAGGACCGCUUUCUCUAUUGCAUUUGCCGCUCAAAAUGGUAUCGACUAUACACAUUAGCCUUUAAUUUUAGCGCCUUCAAUGAUGCGUUUAACCGAUAUUUGGGAGUAAGUAUCACUUUCAUCGCAAAUGUAAAUCUAGGCGCUGAAAACCUUCUACAAACGCGGAAAAGACUCGUUGAGAUGGAUUAUCGAGAUGAAAUUCUUCUCCAAUCAUCAUCCUGAAAGAGUAGGUUUUUAUUUUCGUUUUCUGUGUUUAGAUGUGCCCAUCUCAUGGAUAAUGUAAUUUCUCUGUGGGUUUGAUAUUCUGGCGGGGAGGAAUGAAGUAAGAUGGUGUGUUGUGCUUUUUUGCGCUGAAAUAUGCGAAUGGAUCUCGAGUUGACUACCCUGCUUUUGUUGGUUUAGAUUUCAAAUGGGGUGGACAAGACAAAAAUUAUUUUCAUGGGUUUCAUCUUUAGUUGAUUACUCUGGCAUUGAUCGAGAACAUGUUGCCAAACCUAUUGCCUCAUUACGAAGAGAAAAAGAAAGAUAUGAAGGUGAAGUUCGAACUCGAACAAAUGGUUCUUUUCCUGGACCGCGCGUUGGUGAGCGCUCGGAAUCGUAGAUGCUAUCUUCGGCCGAAUUUCGACGUGGGGUUUGACAAAAUGUCUACCGAUUGUGCGGAACGUCUCCUGCAAACGGUCCGUGAGUCCACUUUGACCAGAACCGUGUUCUUGCUUCGGAAAAUGUUCGAUUUACCCGACGAGUACUGCAAAUUUUCGACGUUCGUUCGGCACCUCACCGCGUUCUUCACUGCGGUCCGCGACUACCGCAUCUCCAGCGCGAAGGCCGAAAACGAGGAAGAGGGUGAGUUUGCCUUCGAUAUUUUCCAACAAAGGGUCCACCACCACUUCAAAGACAACUACUACAUGAGAUACGCCGGCCUGGUCUACAUCAUGGACGAAUCGGUUUCGGAGGCCCUGUUCUUCGCUUAUUACAACGACAUCCCGAGAAGCGAUUGGCCGCUGAAAUUGAAGAGAGCGGAGACCGAAGAAAAGCGAAAUAAAAUCUUGCCAUUAAUCGAUGAAUAGUGGGUUUGGGGAUUGAAAUAACUUUGUUUAUUACUGAAAGUAUUUGAAAGUUCGGGGAUCGAAAUUGGGGAAGUUGACAACUGGGGAAAGUCAUACUUGGGGAAAAUUAAAAAUAUUAUUUUUUGCAUGCGAUUUUCGAACUCAGGAUAAUCGAUGGUGUUGAUUUGACCUGAUCCAGUGGCAAACAACGUACCAUUUUGCAUCCGGGAAUUACAGUGAGGGACCGGAUCCAAUGGCAAAAAACGUCUGAUUUUGCAUCCCGGAAGGGACCAAAAUGUCUCCAAACCCUUCCCUUCUCUAAGCUAAAAACCCCGCUUUGAAGAGCCCGCCUUGAAGGAAACGCUUUUCAAAGCGGAGUUUUUAGCUUAGAGAAGGGAAGGGUUUGGAGUCAUUUUGGUCCCUUCCGGGAUGCAAAAGGAGACGUUUUUUGCCAUUGGAUCAGGUCCCUCACUGUAUCAAAAAUGUGGCAAAAUGCUUCCCUGUCCAAGUGAAAAAACCGUUUUGAAGGGCCCUUUCGCUCACAAAAAGAGCGGGCGCGCUUGAAAUCGGAGUUUUUUCACUUGGAGAGGGAAGCAUUUUGCCACAUUUUUGAUACUUCCCGGAUGCAAAAUGGUACGUUUUUUGCCACUGUAUCAGGUCCCCCACCGUAGUACUGUAAAAUAGUAACUUUUCGAAUUUUUGUCACAAAAAAAUUUGGGGGUUUUCGAUGGUGCCAAUUUGUUUUCCCAAUGUCUUUUUCCCCAAUUAUAUUGUUUUAGUGACCGACGGAUUUUCACGGAAUGCGAAUCCGUGAAGAAUGGCUUUACCAUCGAUAAUGGACACAAAGUUUUGCUCGUCGACUCCGAAGAGCGUCUCAGUCUUUUGAACCAAUUUUGCUUGAAGUCGAAGGAAAUCGGAUUCGAUGCGGAGUGGGAUCAGAGUUAUUCGGCCGAAAUGGGAGUGUAGGUUUAUCGGGGAAGGCAAUUUUUUAGUCGAGGGGGAAUUUUUACCGUUUGAGGAAUUAAUCGUGCCAUGGGUAAUAUAAAAUUUUAUUUUUUCUCUUCAGCUUAGGGCUCAUCCAGCUCUCCUCGAAAGCGCAGACAAUGCUCGUGGAUAUCGAAGCCUUCCGAAGAGCCAAGUUUUCGAAAGAAAGAUGGCAGGGUUUGUUCAAGACCAUCUUUGGAGGCCAGAAACGAAUUUUCGGAUUCGCAUACGAAAGCGAUUUGAAGACGAUUGUUCACAACUUCCCGUGCAUCGAGGAGAUCAUCAAUGACUGCAUGGGGAACUUGGUCUGCCUCAGAAACGCGAUGAUUGCGAUCAGCAGCAACAGGACCGCGGUUGAUGCGAUUUUCAAUGGUAAUUUGACUUUUUUUUGAUUUUGUUGCGUUUUUAGGUGAGAUAAAUAGAUGGGAAGCGUCAAAUAGUUGAUCCUCUGUGAGUGUGAACUUUAUGCACGGGUAUUUUUUGGACGAAAUCGUUUUAGGAUAAAAAAAUCGGAUUUUUGCACUGUGCGACAAAAAAAUUUUUUUGAAUUGCCCAAAAUAUGGGUAGAUCCGUCUGAUGAUGUAAUUUAUGGCGCAAUGGUUUCAGGAGUGGUCCCAGAGCGCCAGAAUCUUCAAUCUUUAUCCGUCGAUUUACUGGGAUGGAAAAUGGAAAAAAUGGAACAAGCCAGUGUUUGGACCGAACGCCCCCUCCGCAAGAGACAACUAGUAUAUGCGGCGAAGGACUCUCUGGCCUGUCUUCUUAUUGGUCAACUCUUCAAAGAGAAAUUGGAGUGGGUUUUGCACAAUGUUGAUAUUAUUUUAGACAACAACUCGAAGCAUGUCAUAUUUGAUAAAAAGUUUCAGUUUUAAGGGAUUUUUUUGAAGUUUGUAGUUUCAGAGGGAUAGUAGAUGAUGUCGAUGAGCUUUUCCCACCGUUGAGAGUGAUUUUCAACCCGGAAAAGGUGAAGGAAUCGAGGAUUGAGGGCAUCAAGAAGUAUGAUGCUUUGCUGGCCGAAAAUAAAACCCAAUCCGGAAAGAAAACGAAGUCCAAUCAUUUCACCAAGAAGGAACUGGUCGAUCUUGUCGAGGUAAGCGACAUUUCAUUUUGUUUUUGAGUUUUUAGACCAUCAACGCCGAUCUGAAGUCUCGAUUCCCCGCGGAAGAGUUCAUCAAGCCGGAUGGUCUGCGAUUAUGCGCCGACCCGAUGUGCACUCAAGUCUCGUUGCUGCUGAGAAGGUGCGGGAUCAGCGUCAUGACCGAGGAGACGGACAAAAAUUACAUGCGAGUGCACGCCGACCCGACCGUAAAGGUCUUAACCACCGGCAAAUUGGUUGCAAAGUACCCUCCGGCCCAAGUCAUCGACCUCCCCGCAUCCGUCGCCACCCUCGACAAGCAGCUGGCGACCUUUUUGGAGACCCAAAAGGUAGUGAUUGACACGAAAAAAAUGGUCCCAAGAUGCUGCAAAUGCAACGCAAGGGACCUGCUGUUUGUCCCAACACCCGUGAUGAGGUACCUGCAUUGCGCAUACGCCAUCGCCAACGCGCACAAAAUGACCCAUUGCUCGUAUUCGACGGAAGAUUUGAGUGAAUAUAAGACACAGUGCAAGGCAAUGCAGCCUCGGAGCAAAAUUGGAAUCGGCAUGUGCAUAUUCGGAGGCAAAACAACGGUUUAUAUGGGACAAAAUGGAAUGAUCGAUAUGAAGUGGGUUUAUAGCUAAUUUUUUACCUUAUUUUGACAUUCAGGAGACUAGGCAUUACCAAAACGGAAAGGGGACGCCCAAUAAACCCGAUCCAAUCCUCCGCGAACAGUCUUGGCGCCCCAACCAAAGCCGUCUACGUCCUGAUCUCAUUGGCCGUCCAUCUCAACCUCAAGGAGUUGGAAAUCCCCGCUGGAACCUUCCACGCAAUCUGCACUCACUGCGGAAAAGAAAACGUCGAAGCGGUCAUUCAUGCUGGGAAUUACUGA